AUGGAUGUACGUACUAAGAAUAUCUGUGAUUUCGUCGCGGAGUUUCGAAAUUUGACCGAGGACACUAAGAAAUCGCGAUUGAAACGAAUGAAAUGGUUUGCGCAGUAUGAGCCGUUAUUGAAAGAAUACGAAAAACUACAACAGGAACUGAAUAAAUUGUAUGAAGAGAGAAUUGCCAAAGAUAAAGUCAAGGAAGAUGCAUUUAUCGAAAAGGAGAGAACAUGUUUGCCGAUUCCAAUCACAACCAGUGGCGAGUACGGCUGGCUCGCGUCGAAAGCGGAGUUUCGCCUGGAGAAAUAUGGCUCGUUCAUUGUAAAUUAUCCUAUCAAAGACAUAACUCUUAUUCGAGGAAAUAUACCGACACUCGCGGCAGGCAAAAAUUUUGUUUGAGAGUCCAAAAAAAUUUCAAUUUUGAUAUUGCAGAAUAAUUUAUUUCAAGGUAUGUUUAAUUCGGCAAUUUAUUCUUACCUCUCAUACAAUUAUUAAUUGUCAGCCUAUUGAUAAUAAUCUAGAACGUUAACGGUAGGUUUGUCGA